AGGUCACGUCGGGGCGGAGCAGGACGAUGUCAGUGAAACACAAAGGAGAGAAGAAAACAAAGCCCGGAAGCCUCCGGUUCAAUCACAUCCAGAUCAGUUUGCUUUCCUUUUUCAAGACGGAUCUCUGUCCUGCGAUGAGAAAACACCGCGUAUAGGCGAUGCUCAAGUCAGUGUGAUGCGCAUUUGCGUGUCAUCCCGCUUUUCCUGAGAGUUUUUUACAUGCGCAAAAACUCAUCGCUGCGUCUCUGCGGUGCCGCGUCUUGAUGGACCGGAGUUGGCGCAGCGCGGCGGACCGUUCGGUGGGCGGUGUCUCGUCUGCAGAGGGGCUCCCGCCGCUGCCCAAAGGCCUGAUCGGCAUCUUAAACUCCAGCGGCGGGUCGUGGCGGGACAUCGAGAAGGUGCACAGCAAGAGAGCCCGAAUCCAGGCCGACAUCAGCCGAGGAGACGCACCGAGGGGCCCCGACAAACCGGGCGGGCUGGACGCUGCUCUGGCGCUGCUGCGGAAAGAGAUGGUCGGCCUGCGUCAGCUUGACAUGUCUCUGCUCUGCCAGCUGUGGUCUCUGCAUGAGGCCAUCCAGGACUACAAGGGCUCCUCGCUUCUGUCCGAGGCCUCGUUCACCGCUGAUAAUGGAUACUCUGAGGAGGAGGAGGAGGAGGAGGAGGAUGACGUAGAGGAGAAAGACGAGGAGGAGACAAGAGCUCUCUCACAGCCUCCGUCGUCUUCGUCCUCGUCUCUGCCUUCACCCAGCAGCAACUCCAGGGACCAGUGGAUCAAAGACUCCUUUCAUAUUCCCUGAUAUAGAUACAGACUACAUGUGCUGCAUUUCUUUAGGGCCCAUUUACACUUGUUUUAUACCAUCUCUUGUCCUGAUGUCCAGUUUCUAAUCUCAUCAGCAUUCAUUUUUUUUAAAACUUUAAAUUCAGUGCCUGUUUGAUAGAAAGACACUUCUUCACCCCAGAAUGACUUUAUCUGACAUUCCAUUAAUGCGGUUGUUUUCUAGCCGAGACGUUUGUAACAUACUCACCUACAUAUGUGGCCUUUGAUUUUACUUUUACAGGUUUUCACGUGUCUGGUUCAGGUUUGAAUUCAGCUUCAGAUUAGGUGAGUUUUACACACAUACAAGGUUAUAAGAGUUUGUUUUCUCCUUGCAUGCUACACGAUUGCGGAUAAUGGAAAGUAGUAGGGGUUUCUGGUCUACACAGGGGUUUAGAUGGUGACGGUUUAAUCCAGACAGUUGUUUUAUAGUAUUGUCACCACUGUGCAUUAAUCUGACUGGGUGCAAAUGAAAUACAGUCAGCUGUUCUGUAAUACAGGCUGUUAAUCAGCUCUACGUUCUGCUGCUCAAACUAAAUAACACUGUGUAACUCCUGACGUCUUUUGUAUGUUGAAGCAGAAAUGAGGCCAACUUAAAGAGAAGAAAAUCAAGAGAAACAAGUAAGAUCAAAUGUUAUCAGCUACAAUAUCAUCUACAUGCUACAACCUGCUGCUUCUCUGGGAUUUAAAAUGAGCUGGGAGGCAUACUGGAGUUUAGAAUUACAGUAAUAAGGUUUGUGUUUUUGAUCCAUCUGAUAGCAGUUUGUGGUUUCAUGAUGAUUCCUAAGUGUGUAGAUCAAUCUUUCCGUCCACUCAGUACUUUUUGUUUUGACUGAAGAAUUCUGUCAAUUGAUAGGCUUUAUUCUUAGUGUUCUAUCAACACAAUCUGCACAUUUUUAUAACACAAAAAGAAAAAGAAAUUAUUUGAAAAUGACAUGUUUUUCUGUUAAAUCUUACUGUACAAGAAUUCCUAAUUUUCCAUUGAUCUAUAGUCCCAUACAACUGAUUUAGGAACUUUUAGCCACACACUUAGAUUCUUAGAUAUCACACAGUGUCCUCAAUAGCGGGUCUGAUUGGUCUCAGGUUUAGUGUAUUUUUUCAUUUAUUAAAAAAAAAAAAAAAAAAAGUAAAGUCAUUUUUGCAGCCUUAUUGGAAAUCUGUGUUUUUAGUUGUAUAGAAAAUUGACUGACUGUAGUAUUUUGUAUUCACCAUUGUAAUACUUGACUUCCUCUUAAGGCUCCAGUCAUAACAAAACUGAGAAAAGAUGGCAAAUUAUAGGAAAUGAUCCCUUUCUGUCAGUUUUAAGGGUUAAUCCUAAAUGGAUUCUGCUUUUCAUUCUAUUCUGAAUUCUUGAAUCCACACAUUAAUCUGUCAUUAACUCCCAUUUCAGUAUUUUAGCUAAAGCAGCUUAUUAUUAUACUAUUAUUCAGUAUUAUUCUAAUCAUUUAAUUCAUUUUAUCACAUUUCUAGUGCCACAGUGCUUUAAAUAUACCAUUUAGAACUGUACAAGUAGGACUAUCAAACUCUGUUCCAACAGAUAAAGUUAAACAGUCCCUCUAGUGAAAACAGUCUUGGAUCAAAUCACUUGUCAGACAGUUUUCUUUGUGGCCAAAUCAUUUGGGAAAGCAAGUGAAUGACUCUUUUGUAUUUAAAUGUUAAAAUAAAACCACAGUGUUAACCACA